AUGACUACCUACGUGGGCCGCCAAAACGCCGACAUACAUCGACUCGGGCAGAAAUCUGCGCUGAUCGCAGAAAGUCCUUUUCGGACUUGUGAACUUAGUCCUCUCCAGAUGUCCGGGGCGCCAUUCCAACCAUGGACAUAUAUCCCCGAUGGCAAAUAUACCAACGCCAGGACAUAUGCACCCGAAGCAGACCAUCAACGGCAUACAACAGCUUCGAACCCUCCUUAUCUGGCGCAGGAACCCCCACGCUUCCAUCUUCCUGUCACUCAAAGUCACGACCCGACAAUGAUGCAAACGGCAAGCCACCCCAGACCUCCGGUACAGGCCCAUGCUUGGGAUAGCGGAACCGAUUCGAAGUAUAACUUCGCGCCAAACACAACAGGCUCACUGUCACAGUAUAGCAUACAGCGGCCAAGCAUGUCAAGACCCAUGGAACAUGCGGGACCUUCAAGUUCAUACUAUGACACUUCAAGUCGUAGCCGCGGCUCUGUCGGCUCCGUUGGUCGAAUCAACGACGUGGAUUCGCAAUAUAGUAGUAGUUCUGCAACUUUCCCGAGUCCCGUUCACUCCGAUAAGAGCCCUGUGGCCUUUCCACCAAUAGCACCCCUGUCAGGCUACCAGCAGCUUCCAAUACACCAACGAAAUGCCACAACCGGCAUGCCAUCCGAUUUCAAGAUCUUACUUCAGCACGCACCAACGCCGUCCCCGCCACCACGACGCACAAUAACUUCUUCUCGCUACCACCUCUCCAUCAGACAGCAACCGAUAGCUGCCCGCGCCUGUGGUGCUGGGGAUAGGGAUCGACGGCCCGUGGACCCGCCUCCAAUACUGCAAAUGCUUCUCACAGAUUUCAACCCGGACUCCGAAGAAGACAAGAAUAUCCUUCAAGACCCCCGAUUCACAGUUGGAUGUCUUUUGUAUCCAGUCCAUGAUCUAUCUUGGUCAAGUAAGUCAUCAAACCGGAUGGGCCGCCGGGAUGGCACGGACUUAGGUAUAAAUCUCGAGGAUAGCAAUGCUCCUGGUCAAUCCACGCCAUUACUUUCCGGGAAGUCCUUUGUUUCGCCCUUCUACGUGGACGAGGAACCAGACCCCGACACUGCACCAUCACACCCCUCCACCGGCAAUGAUACUUCAAGGGCACCCGCGCGAAGAUCCAGUGGUGGCACCAGCCCCGCUUCAUCCAGACCCCCAGCCUCGUUCUUCAUAUUCUCCGACCUCUCUGUCCGCACGGCUGGACUGUACCGCUUACAAUUCCGGCUCAUGAAUUGGGGCACUGUAGAAGAUACUGGCCAAUCCAUGCCUAUUCUCGCCGAAGCAUGGUCUGAGCCAUUUCAAGUUUACCCAGCCAAAAACUUCCCAGGAAUGCGCGAUUCGUCGCUUCUCACUGUGAGGUUGAAGGAACUAGGAUUUGUGGAGCUGAAGACGAGGGGGAAGGGAAUGGGAAAAGGAAGAAGGGUUAUGAAGGCAGAUUCUAAGACCAAUAGAAGUGAUUAG